AUAGAGGGAACCGUGCUGUUAUUAGUCUUCAUUUCUUCUUCCCUGCUGGGCUGUGGCGCCAGGUUGGGCUCUGCUGGCUUAGUAUAUUGUAGUGACUGGGUCUGUGCCUGCAAGUGGGAACAAGGAAAUCUUCUGAGAAGAAACAUAAGCUAGAGUUGAUUUUUCUUUUGUUGUGGGAUGGAGAUUAAGAAGGUUUUUAUAUUUCACAGCUGUGCAUGUUCAAAAAGGUGUUGGCCAAGUAGUUGUACCCUGACCAUCUCACUGCUGCUUCCUCCCUACUUUUUCUCUUACCAAAUCCAUACUAAAACCCCCAGACUUUCAAGGUCUGUCACCGAGCUGGCUGGUCCAAGUUUGGUGGAUAUGGGAUGCACUGGCCUGAGGGUGGGCAGCCAUGAAGGCAGGAUAUAGACCUGACUGAGAGCUGAUUCCUUUGCAGGUCACCCUGGACAGUGUUACUUGGUGGAGGAGGACUGUGAGACCUUGCUUGAGAGCCAGGUAGUAGCCACUUGCCUGCCAGUGCCCAGCCAAGUGGCAGCCCAGAGCCCAGGAGCAGCAAGUGGCUACAGGUCAUAGAUACAGUGAGGCCAUGAGUGUGGGGGUGACCACCUUCACUCCUCUCCCUACAACCCCAGAUACAAGCACGGUAAAAUCCGCCUUCUCCCUUGUGGACUAUGUGGUCUUCACCCUGUUGCUGGUUCUCUCCCUUGCCAUUGGGCUCUACCAUGCCUGCCGUGGCUGGGGCCGGCAUACAAUUGGCGAGCUGCAGAUGGCGGAUCGAAAAAUGGGCUGCCUUCCCGUGGCGUUGUCCCUGCUGGCCACCUUCCAGUCUGCUGUGGCCAUCCUGGGUGUGCCGUCUGAGAUCUACCGCUUUGGGACCCAGUACUGGUUCUUGGGCUGCUCAUAUGUACUGGGGCUGCUGAUUCCGGCACACAUAUUCAUCCCCACCUUCUACCGCCUGCAUCUCACCAGUGCCUAUGAGUACCUGGAGCUCCGAUUCAAUAAAACUGUGCGGAUUUGUGGGACUGUGACCUUCAUCUUUCAGAUGGUGAUCUACAUGGGGGUUGUACUCUAUGCACCAUCACUGGCCCUCAAUGCAGUGACGGGCUUUGAUAUCUGGCUGUCAGUGCUGACCCUAGGCAUUGUUUGUACCUUCUACACUGCUCUGGGUGGGCUGAAGGCAGUCAUCUGGACAGAUGUGUUCCAGACUCUGGUCAUGUUCCUGGGGCAGCUGGCAGUUAUCAUUGUGGGGUCGUCCAAGGUGGGCGGCUUGGGGCAUGUAUGGGACGUGGCUUCCCAGCAUGGCCUUAUCUCUGGGAUCGAGCUAGAUCCGGACCCUUUUGUGCGGCACACUUUCUGGACCUUGGCCUUCGGGGGUAUCUUCAUGAUGCUCUCCUUGUAUGGGGUGAACCAGGCUCAGGUGCAACGCUACCUCAGCUCCCGCACGGAGAAGGCUGCUAUACUCUCCUGCUAUGCUGUCUUCCCUUGCCAGCAGGUGGUCCUCUGCAUGGGCUGCCUCAUUGGCCUGGUCAUGUUCGCCUAUUACAAGGAGUAUCCCAUGAGCACCCAGCAGAGUCAGGCAGCCCCUGACCAGUUCGCCCUGUAUUUUGUGAUGGAUCUCCUGAAAGGCCUGCCAGGCCUGCCCGGGCUCUUCGUUGCCUGCCUCUUCAGUGGCUCCCUCAGCACCAUAUCCUCUGCUUUUAAUUCAUUGGCAACAGUUACUAUGGAAGACCUGAUUCGACCCUGGUUCCCUGAGUUCUCAGAAGUCCGGGCUACCAUGCUUUCCAGAAUCCUUGCCUUUGGCUAUGGUCUGCUUUGUCUGGGAAUGGCCUAUAUUUCCUCCCAGAUGGGACCAGUACUGCAGGCAGCACUCAGCAUCUUUGGCAUGGUUGGGGGGCCACUGCUCGGACUCUUCUGCCUUGGGAUGUUCUUUCCCUGUGCCAAUCCUCCUGGUGCUAUUGUGGGCCUGUUGGCUGGACUCCUCAUGGCCUUCUGGAUUGGCAUUGGGAGCAUAGUGACCAAAAUGGGCUCUGGCAUGGCACCCUCACCCUUUAAUGGGUCCAGCCUUUCCCUGCCCAGCAAUCUUUCUGACGUUGCCAUGACCACAUUGAUGCCCUCAACUACCCUCUCCAGGCCCACAGGGCUGCAGCGGCUCUAUUCCCUGUCAUAUUUAUGGUACAGUGCUCACAACUCCACCACAGUCAUUGUGGUGGGCCUGAUUGUCAGUCUCCUCACUGGGGGAAUGCGGGGCCGGACCCUGAACCCUCGGACCAUUUACCCAGUGUUGCCAAGACUCCUUGCCUUCCUGCCUAUGUCCUGUCAGAAGCCACUUCACUGUAAGAGCUACAGCCAGGACCUCCCUGUAGACACCACGGUGUUCCCAGAGAAGAUGAGUAAUGGGAUGCUGAAGGGCAGCGGAGACGAGGAGGCCAUGGCAGGGCCUGAGGAGGGCCCAGGGCACCAGGGGAGCAGCCCCACCUUCAUCCUCCAGGAGACCUCACUGUGAUCUGGACUCAGGAACCAGCCCAACAAGUCUACCCUGUGGCACAGGGAUGAGCUGCUUGAUGUGUCCUGCAGGGGGCUGGAUCGCAUGACCUAACCCAAACCAAAGGACCUUAUGAUCUUAAGGGUGUGCUGUGGUAAAAGCUGUCAGGUCAUGGGAAUCAUAUGGAAAAGGACAAUGACUUCUGAUUCAACUUCAGGCUCAUUUGAAGUGGAUGAAACCUGCAGUGCAGGUUACAGCUGUCAUGGGGCCUGAUCCGGCAAAGUUGACCACCUCCUCCAUAAACUAGCUGUUGCUUUCCUUGUGUCCCAUCUAAGCCACAAAGGCCCCUGUGACUACUUUUAGGUUGUGACACCACAGACAGGCCCCUCUCAUUCUAAUCUGUCUACCUCCAUUCUUGAGAGGGAGGUUUUGGUGUUCCUAGGAAGCCUCAGAAUAGACGCAUAUUCAUCUCCUUUGUGUAGAGUAGGGGAAGCUUUCCACCCCACUGCCCCCAAGCCCCACCUCCAGUGGGCACUUGGGGAUGGGGCAGAUAUCGAUCUUAGAAACCAGGGCACGACCAGGUCCACUGUGGAAUGUCCAUCUGACUCCUGAGCCACACCACCCUAGUAUUUUGUUACUUGUGCUCCUCUUUCCUUUUGGAGUUCCUUCCCACAUAUCUUUGUUCCUAGGGAAUAAAAACUAUCAUUGGAACUGA